AUAGAAUCUUUUACACAGAAACAAAGUCCACUGAACUGACUGAUAUCAGCGUUCAAAGGUCAAAGUUCCCUGCAAAAUGAAGAAGUGAUUCCGCUGAAACUGCAGAAAAACAGACAUGUGGAGGAAGGAAAGAGGAUUCUAUAAACGUGACCGAGAAGCAAGAAGAAACAUUUCAAAACUGUCUGCAGGAGACUGAAGAAGAGGAAGAAAAUUGCUUUAUAAAAACAAACGAAGAUUCAAAGGGAUUGAAUAUUCACCAACAUGCCAUCAGAUUUAGAGAAAACUUGCUGACUGAGUGUAAACCCACUCCAGAGACACAAAAAAUUCAGCAAUAUAGCUUCAUUCACCUUAACACUGUGAAGCCGAAGCUGGUUGUUGUCAAGCUUUAAGCAGCAGGACUGCCGAGGGAAAUAUCUGGACACCAUUGACACAACGUCUGCUUUCAUCAAAAAUAUUUCAGCUGCUCAGAAAGCAUCAACUCUCUUUAGCUGUCUCGAGGUAACACUCUGAGCUGAUUCUCUCAGGACGUCUUCAGUCUAUCAGGUCUCUUAUCUGUCGGCUAUUUGGUCUGAAAAGAAAAAUGGUUGUCAGCUCACCAAGGGACAAGUAUUUUAGCGUCUGGAUGAUUUUCUUCAUGCUCGGUUUGGGGACGCUGCUGCCCUGGAACUUCUUCAUGACUGCUACUGUGUAUUUCACCAGCCGUCUGAAGGACUCCCCAUUGGCUGAUUCUUCAGCCAAUCAGACAGAGGCAGCAGGAGAGCAUCGCAGCGUUCUGGAGGCCAAAUUCAACAAUGUGAUGACGCUGUGCGCCAUGUUGCCGCUGCUCUUCUGCACCUGCCUCAACUCCUUCUUGCACUCACUGAUUUCUCAGCGUCUGCGUGUGAUGGGAAGUCUGCUCGUCAUAAUGUUUGUCUUCAUGGUCACAGCGGUCCUCGUCAAAGUUCCUCUGGAGCCACUGCCCUUCUUCUCCAUAACGAUGGUUAAGAUCAUCAUCAUCAACUCUUUCGGGGCAGUGCUGCAGGGCAGUCUCUUUGGUAUGGCUGGCUUGCUGCCAGCUUCAUACACGACUCCCAUCAUGAGUGGUCAGGGACUUGCUGGAACUUUUGCUGCUUUCGCCAUGAUCUGCGCUAUUGCAAGUGGCUCAGAGAUUCAGGAUGCAGCGUUUGGUUAUUUCAUUACAGCCUGUGUUGUUAUUUUUCUGUCCAUCCUCUCCUACAUCCUGCUUCCUAAACUGGAGUUUUUCCAGUUUUAUCAGGAGACAAACAGGAAACAGAGAUCAGAUGAGGACAACUCUGUAGAUUUGAUGAACAGAGAGAGAAAACAUGAACCUGUUGAGCAGAGCAGACAACAGAAUGUCGCCAUGAUGACAAUCUUUAAGAAGAUCUGGCUGUUAGCUGUGUCAGUCUGCUUCACCUUCACCAUCACCAUUGGAUUGUUUCCCGCCAUCACCGCUGACAUCAAAUCCACCCUAGCGGAUGGAGGAUCGUGGGAGAAGUACUUCAUCCCUGUCAGCUGUUUCCUGCUCUUCAACCUUUGUGACUGGGGAGGGCGGAGCUUAACAGCCGUCUGUAUGUGGCCGCACAAGGACAGUCUGUUACUUCCUGUGUCCAUCGUGUGCCGUCUCGUCUUCGUCCCUCUCUUCAUGUUGUGUAAUGUUCAGCCUCGUCUCAACCUGCCCGUCUUCUUCUAUCAUGACGGCUGGUUCAUCUUCUUCAUGAUCAUCUUCGCCUUCAGUAACGGAUACCUGGCCAGCCUCUGCAUGUGCUUCGGACCAAAGAACGUCCUUCCUCAUGAAGCUGAAACAGCCGGGGCCAUAAUGGCUUUCUUUCUGUCUCUGGGUUUGGCUUUAGGAGCUUCACUGUCCUUCGUCUUCAGAGCCCUGGUCUAACUGCAAACUGCUUCAUUACGACUGGUUUCAGUGUAACCGACAUGGCCAGUACUGGUCUAAUUGCUAAAUGGAUCAACUGGACAACACACUGUUUAUUACUGUCUGACUUUGUGUUUCAGGGGUAAAGUUACAGCUGAGUGUCAGACCAUCAGAUGUUGCAACAUUUUGCCAAACAAACCUAGAAACAAGUUGUGCAGCUCAACAAGCAUAGUUGACAUUUUGUCCUGAUUGUGGCGCAACAGGAAAAAUAAAUAUCUGUCUGUCAAAAACUGACAUGAUGAGGCCUCUGACAGGACAAAGACUGAUGGGAGGAGGAUGUCUCAUAUUUAUUAACACAAAUACGCAUUAUUUAUAGAAACAACAUGUUCAGUCACACUGUUUAGAAACUGUAAUCAUUUAAUUAUAUCAUGGAGAACUUUUCCUGCUCUACUCAGUCAUUUUAUUUGUAUAAUUUGUAUUGUUUCCUUUACAGACAUCAGUAAGGCAGUCCUGUACAGCUUAUAGAAUGGGAUCAAGAAUGACGAAAAUAAUAAACUAAGAUUGAUAAAUAAAAUGAUUAUAGUAAUUUCUA